UGAUACACAUUUACCAUAACAUUCUUUUCAGAAUUUUGUAGAAUUGAAUGAAAAUGAUUAUCUUCUAUCUAAUGUUGAUAUUAACCCCUGUAUUUAAUGUCUAUUGUGAUGAAGUCGAGGACAAACAACAAGAUUUAAGAAAGCAGGUCGUAUUCACAGAGCUAAUAAAACCUUCAGAUAUUAGACUGGAUGAUCCUCAGUUUAUCCAUCUUGCAAUGAUUAUUACAAAUGUAAAUAAGAAGGAGUUGGUGCCUAAAAUACUGACAGUUUUUUCAAAGAAUUUCAAUUCCAUCCUGAAUACUUUAAAGGACACCCCUCUACAUCUAAUGCUGAUCACAGAUGAGACUUCUAAACCAAAAGUGGAAAAUAUUAUCCUUCAAUGUAUAGGUCGUCUUCUGUCCGAGUCUGUAAUCCUGCGGUCACGUGAUGGGUUUAUAACGUUUCCUAGAUUUUUUGUAGAGUUUGUGAACAUUUCACCAAUUAUUCAACAAAACAGGGAAACUAUAGACGUAAUGAAGACACUUUUUUCAAAAGAAGAAACGUUGCCUUUGAAACAUGAGGGUGCUGUUGUUGUUAUUUCACCCAAGUACAGAGAGGAUUUGUUUUACAUUGGCCCGUUCUAUCAUACUUCGUUUCCGUCUUUAAACAGGUUAAUGGUGUUUGAUGUAGACCUAGAGAUAAAGGAAGACCUAGCAGUUCUUAAUAAACAGUUUGACACCAUGGACAGCUCUGAGGUGAUCGGCGUGGUUUUAGACCAGACUGGGUACUAUUUCCAUAUGUCAGAAUAUAUAACUAAGACUAAUGGUGUAAGCUUACCCCAGGAUAAAAUACUCGGACUAAAUACUGGAGUGGUUCUUUUUAAUCUAGAGGAAAUGAGAAAGAGUGAAUUAUAUUUGGAGCAAGUUCAAAUAAAUCGAAUAAAACAACUUUACAAUCAUUUCAAAGUAAAUGGUUGGGUUGUGGGGGAUCAAGAGUGGUUUAAUUUGUUAAUGUGGAGGUACCCACACCUAUACAAGGUUCUACCAUGUGAGUACAAUGUACAAUCUGUUCCUGUUAAACUUGAUCAAACAAUGGUUAGAUGUACUGCAGAUAUUAGAAUACUACACACUCAUGGAGAUAUGCAUGAGGUUAAACAGUAAACAACAACAACAACAACACCAACAACAAAACAACAACAAUAACAACCACAACAACAACAACAACAACAACAACA